UUAGUUUCGUUAGCUUCGGGACCAGUCGUUGUCUGAAAGACUGGACAUCCCGGCAGGAUGAAUAUCUGCGCUCAGUAUCUCCGACAGGCAGAGGCCCUGAAGGCUGACAUGACAGAUUCAAAGCUCGGGGCAGCAGAGGUGUGGACGUCUCGACAGGCUCUGCAGGAUCUCUACCAGAAGAUGCUGGUCACAGACCUGGAGUACGCUCUGGACAAGAAGGUGGAGCAAGACCUGUGGAACCAUGCGUUUAAGAACCAGAUCACCACGCUGCAGAGUCAGGCCAAGAACAGAGCCAACCCCAACCGCAGCGAGGUGCAGGCCAACCUGUCGCUGUUCCUGGAGGCUGCCAGCGGCUUCUACACACAGCUGCUGCAGGAGCUGUGCACCGUGUUCAACGUGGACCUGCCGUGUCGCGUCAAGUCAUCUCAGCUCGGCAUCAUCAGCAAUAAACUGGGAGGAGGAGGAGGAGGCGCCAUCGUCACGCCGCAGCCCAGCUCCUGCUCUUACAUCUGCCAGCACUGCCUCGUCCACCUUGGAGACAUCGCUCGUUACCGAAACCAGACGAGUCAGGCCGAGUCGUACUACAGACAUGCUGCUCAGCUGGUCCCCUCUAACGGUCAGCCAUAUAACCAGCUGGCGAUCCUGGCCUCCUCUAAAGGAGAUCACCUCACCACCAUCUUCUAUUACUGCCGCAGCAUCGCUGUCAAGUUCCCCUUUCCUGCUGCCUCCACCAACCUGCAAAAAGCCCUUUCCAAGGCUCUGGAGAGCCGUGACGAGGUGAAGACCAAGUGGAGCGUGUCAGACUUCAUUAAGGCCUUCAUAAAGUUCCACGGUCACGUGUACCUGAGUAAGAGUGUGGAGAAGCUGGACGUUCUGAGGGAGAAGCUGGAGGAGCAGUUCCAGAGGUUGAUCCUCCAGAAAGCCUUCAGCUCCCAGCAGCUCGUCCACAUCACCGUCAUCAACCUGUUUGAGCUGCACCACCUCAGAGACCUGACCACCGACGCAGGAGAGCAGAGCUACAGCAGCGAGCAGCAGAUCAGCUGGUUCCAGCUGCUCGGACUCUUCAUGUCCUUCCUGGGCGUGAUGUGCAGCCGCGCUCUGUUCAACAGGAAGCGCGGCGAGGAGAUAAUGGGCGAGUGUCCGCUGCCCGCCAUCAAAGUCUCUCUGGAUUGGCUCAAACUGAGACCCAGCGUCUUCCACGAUGCCGCCGUCGACAAGAGGCAGUACAUCUGGCCCUGGCUGGUCUCCAUCCUCAACAGCUUCCAACCCAAAGAGGACGACGUGUCCUGUUCAUCAGUGACGCCGCUGCCGGAGGAGUUUGAGCUGCAGGGUUUCUUGGCUCUCCGGCCUGCUCUGAGGACUCUGGACUUCACUAAAGGCCAUCAGGGGAUCCUGGUGGACCGGGACGGACUGCCGGUCCACAGCCGACACCAGAGACUCAUCAGCCUGGGGAAGUGGAUCGCUGACACCCAGCCGGGGCUGAUCCAGUGCCAUGUGAGUGAGGAAGGCCUCCUCAUCUUCAUCACCGACAUCCCCGAGCAGGCCAUCGAGGAGCCGCAGGAGAAGGAGGCGCCGGUGCUGCAGGAGUCGUCCAACGGCGAGCAGACGCCCAACGACGGCGGGAACGGCGGGCUGAAGUCGGUGCUGUCGGCGGGGAAGACGCAGAGCUCGUGGCCCGACGGCGGCGACCGGCCCGUCGUCACCUUCAAAGAGAACAUCAAACCCAGAGAGCAGAGCCGGGACGCCACGCGCCCCCACCACCAGAAGGACGCGCUGAAGGAGCGCCGAGACUUCACCAAAGGGAACGGAGCCGCCGGGAAAGGAGAGCUGAAGAGAGACGGGAAGAGGAAGAGCGAGAUGAAGAAGAGCGGACAUGAAAAGGCGACUGAUGCUGGGAAACAGGUGAAAGCUCAGGUGGAGCUGAGGAAGACUCCGGUGUCUGAAGCGAAGAAGACGCCCGUCACUCAAACUCAAACCACCUGCUCGUCCCAGUUUAUCCCCAUCCAUCAUCCUGGAGCCUUCCCCCCCCUACCCAGCAGACCUGGGUUCCCCCCCUCAGCCUACGUCAUCCCCCCCCCGGUGGCGUUCCCGGGUCUCCAGGUGAACCCGGGUUUCACCUUCUCUACGGGGGUUUCUGUCCCGGGUCCGUUCCUGCAGCCGGCCGUCCACACGCAGGCCGGGUCUCAGGCCGGGAAGCAGUCCCACAUUCCCUACAGUCAGCAGAGGCCCUCCGGUCCCGGGCCGGGCCAGGGGCCGGGGCAGAACCAGGGCCCCUCUCAGGGGGGGCAGACCCAGACGCAGAGCCCUUCCCAGCAGGCUUUGCAGCAGCUGCAGGUGAUGAGUCAGCAGCAGCAGCAGUCUCCCACCAAACCGGGCCAGAUGGGCAAGAGUCCGCCUCACCACCCGGGUCUGCAGCAGUACAUGCAGGUCCAGGACCAGCAGAACCAGCUCUGGUCUCAGGCGGCUCUCCAGAAGCUUCCCUCUCUGCAGAUGUCUCUGAAGCAGCAGCAGCAGAGUUUCUACAUGGCUCCUCAGGAUCCGCUCAAACUGUACGAGCACCAGCUGCAGGGUGCCGCCGUGCCCCCCCCGCCCCACGCCGGGCCCCCCCCUCCCCACGCCCAGCCCCCCCCGGCACUCGCCAGCAUGGAGAAGAAGCUGAAGUACCCCGACGUGAAGGUGCAGGACUUCUACUGGGAGCCGUCCUACAGGAUGGGGGAGGGGCUUGCCGUGAUGGACAGGAUGAAGCGGCCGGGCGGCGCCAUGUGCUCGGAGCAGGACGCCGGGCCACGCGGACCCCCGUUUGAGGACAACAAGAGCUCGCCUCUUCUACCUCCUGACCUGUUAAAAACUCUAGCAGAUUUUGAGGAGGAGGAGGAGCUGGUCUUUUCUAAGCCUCCUGAUUUCUUCCAGGCCUUGGCGGGCCCUCUUAGCUCCGCUCCUGGACCAAACAUAUUUCUGCCGAACCAGGCGAGGAUGGAAGGCGUCUCCGAGGUGGUCAGCCAAUCAUCUCUGCUGCCGAUGUCUGGAUUCCCCAUGCAGGAGUACAAUCAGAACAGCAUCUUCAGUCAGGCGUACGGUAAGAACCUGCCGCCCAGCUCCAAGCCCGACGCUCCCAUGAUGCACCAGGAGCCGUCUCUGUACUCGCUGUUCGAGGGAACGCCGUGGUCGCCGUCGCUGCCCGCCAGCUCAGAUCACUCCACCCCAGCCAGCCAAUCCCCUCACUCCUCCAACCCCAGCAGCCUGCCGUCCUCUCCCCCCACGCACAACCACGGCGCCAUGCCUUUCUCCAACUUCGGGCCAAUCGGCACACCGGACAGCCGGGACCGCCGCAUGGUCGACCGCUGGAAGGCCGAGAAACCCGGAGGCGUGAGCGGCUUCGGGCUGGAUUACCUGCCGGCGGCGUCGGCAGCGUCAGACUGGCAUCAGGCCGGACCCACCGGCAGCUCCUGGACCAAUCAGGAGUCUCCGAUGGAGGAAUCGUCCUCCACCGUUCUGCUGGACAGCCUCAAGUCCAUCUGGUCCAGCACCAUGAUGCAGCCGGGCCCGUCUGCGUUGGAGCAGCUCCUCCUGCAGCAGAAGCAGAAGCAGCAGCGAGGUCACGGCGCCAUGAACCCGCCGCACUGAACGCCGAGCGCCGGCGCUUUGAGUCAGCGAGCUCCACGAGGCACGCAGGACACCCGUUUGACCAGCUCCAAAAAAAUGUGGAAAAUUAAACCGGCGAGAAACGGUGGAGGCUGGGGAGGCGACGCGACCCCCCGACGAGGCUGAGACACCAACCCCCCCCACCUCCCCUCGGCUGUCGAGGAGCGGUGACGCCCCUCCUGGAUCGGAGGGCGCGGGAUCUCUUCAUCCGCGGCGCCACGCGCCACCGCCGGGUUCCUUCAACCCGCGGACACAAACCCCUCCCCCCCCUCACCACCCGCUGCCCCCCCCUCAUUGGUUAGGACUCCACAUCACAUGACCUCUCUCAUGUUUGAACAGGAACAUCACGCGACGCCUCGGAGCGCCGCAGGAGAGCGAGGACAGUUUGGGGGUCGGGAGGGGGGGGAUGCGGCCAUGUGACGCAGCGGGGGACAAAAAAAAAAACUGGACUUUCUGAUCUCUGCAUUCAUUUUCAUUACUGAGGAGGAGGAGGAGGAGGAAGGCUCUCUGCUGAUUGGCUGAAGGAGAACAAACAGUAUAAAUAUAUAAAUAUUGACGGACGCAGCUCGCCGUGCGGGAGGAGCGGCGAGGCCCGACGGGACGCCGCCGUGAUGCCGAAAACAUCACAGCAGAGACAGAAGGGGGGGGAGGGGGGAGGAGGGGAGGAAGGAACAGCCCCCCCCCCCCCUGUCACCGUAGGGAUAGUAUUACUGUUAGCUUUCAGAGAUUUCAGAUAUUAACUAAAAACCAACUGGUGUAUUUUGUGAUUUGUUCGUAGCAGUUUGUCUUUUAGCUUCCUGCUUGAAUAUUUUCGGGGUUCUCUUCUUCCUCUCUCACCUCUUCUUCUUCUUCUUCUUCUUCCUGUUUCUUUCAUUAAUGAUGAAGAGAAAAAAAGAGAGAGAAAAAAACCUGAAGUGUAACCUCUGCUCGCUUUAAAAUCUGCAUUUAAUGUUUCUGUUUGUUCAUGUUCACCUUUAAUACCCCAAAUACCCCUAAUACCCCCCCAUACUGCAGCUAGACUGUGCCUGCUAACACACACAUAUUUACACACACACACACACACAUUUAUACACACCCAUAUAUACACACACACACAUACCCAUACAUUUAUAUACACACACACACACACACACACACACACACCCCCUGUACAGUGUUUUUAUUGAAGCCUCUCAGACUCUUUGAGGAACUUUAAAGAGAAACUUUUCUCUAAAAACCUGAAAAUCUAAUAAUAAAAUAAUUUGGUGUAAAAAACAAACAAACUUCAUUUAGUCUGAAUUCAGUCUGAGAGGCGACAGGAAGUCAUUUUAAACUUCUUCUUCUUCUUCUUUUCUUUUAAAGCUCCUAAAAAAAAUAAAGUUCCUGUGAUGUACAAAAUAAAAUAAGUAAACAGGCUGUAAAGGAGGAUUUAUUUCAGUAGUGUCAGAGCCAAUCAGAACGCAGCAGCAGGUGACAGCUGACCAAUCAGGAUGCUCAGAUUACCCCCCCCCCCCCCCAACCUGCAGCACUGUAAGUAUAAACCCCCCCCACCCCCCUUUAGACCAGCAGGAACCUGUUUUCUAUCUUCUUCAUUUAGAUUAAACAGCAGAUAGAGCCUGUUAUUGUGUUCCCGUCGUAGGGGGGGGGGGGGGUUAGGGUUAGGGGUGGGGGGGGCUGUGAGGAGGGGGGUGUUUUAUUAAAGCAGACUUCACAGAGACUCGUCUAUUUUCCGUGUGAUCGUGCUUUUCAUGUCGCAUUUACAAGAACUGUAUUUGAAAAACUAAAAUAAUAAAAAGAUUCAAAUAUGAAAAUUAAUGAAUGUGAGGACGAGUUUUUGGGAGAGAGAGAGAGAGAAGGGGGGGGGCUGAGCUGGCCUGUUUUGGGGGGGGGGGGCUGAGCUGGCCUGGUUCUGGGUGUUUUAUGAGUAAGAACUGAAUGUACUGAUGGAUUCGGGUCUGACGGUGACGUUCCUCUCUGGUUUAAACUCUUCUGUGUUUCUGUCUCCUGUUUGAGCCUUUAAAUAAAAAACUUAACUUUGUUCUC